AUGCGGGUCCUCUUAGAAGAAACAAAACACCAAAAGCCCCCCUGGCGGGCGCGGGCUGCCUCAAACUGGCCUCGCGGGGGCCGGGGCCGGGGCCCUGGCAGUCUGGCAGAUCUGCGGUGCGGGGAGGCCGGGGUUCCGGGGGGUUCCGGGCGGCCCCGAGCGAAGAGUCGGUCAGGCCCCGGCGCCCACGCGGCCGCGCUCCCAGACUCCCUUGCGCCUGGGGCGGGCGCGGGGCGCUUUGGGGCCCUUCCGGCCGCCGCGGCCCCUCGGGCUCCCCGGGGCGCGGCCACCCGGCCGCCCGGGCCCCGCCCGCUCGCCGCCGCCGCCGGGGCCCCUCCGGCGCGCGGUCCCGGGGCCUGGCCGGCGAACGGGUUCCAGCGCCCGCCUUGCCUCUGCGCCCCCCGGGGGUCGGGGAGGCACCUCGCAGCGGCCUUCCAGCCUCUCACCGGCCUCCCUUCUCCCCCUCUCCCCGCUCUGUACGGGCGCCCCUCGGGCCAGGAGGAGGCCCGGUGGCAGCAGCCGGCGCCCAGCCUCCCCCUUCCCCCCCCCCCCCCCCCCCCGCCCCGGGAGGACGGUGCCCGCGCCUUCUGGCUCCCUCCGGUGGGCGCCCUCAGGACCCAGGUGAGCGGGUGGCCGGCGGGGAGCCGCGCGGGGCGGAGGGCUGGCGGUGGGGUGGGGGGGGCGUUGCCUUCCCGACGCCGGGCCUCCUCUCCAUGCCCCCCCCCCAGGGGCCUCGAGGUCCAGGGCGUCCACUCCGCCCUCGGACUGCGCGGUGCCCUUUGCUGACUUAAAACAUUCAUCUCGCACCAUUAGCCACGCGGUCCAAGUUGCAGUGUGCCUAGAUUUUCCUCCAAGGACAAAAAUGUGAAUAAAGCAAUAUUUUAGUCAAACAUUUCGGUGUUAAUGAAGAAGAUGGCAAUUCGUUCCGGACUAUAAAUUCUCUUUAGCAACUCUCCAAGGCACACUACGUCAACACUCUUGGCCGGGAUCUGGACGCAGAAGACUCCUGUUUCAAGAAAAUACAAUCGUCUCUCAAAGUCUGUAAUUUAUAUGCAUUUUUAACUCACUAGGUAUUGAAAACCACCCAAGUGUCCCACAACAUGGGGUAAAAUAUAAUCACUGAGUGUAAUAUUAUACAUCCCUUAAAAAUGUUAUUGGAAAAUGUUUUAUGAUCUGUAAGACAAAAUACCCUCUCCCACCAUUUCUUUCUCCCUACUGCUCCCCCAUACCCACGCAUCUUUGUUCCAACUGGCAUGUGCAACUUGGUUUUCCCGCCAAAUGAGUCAGUUAUGAUGGGAACGUCAAUUGAUUUGAACAGAUGUGUGUCAGUGUUACUUGGGAAACUAGAUGCCAAUAACCAGGGCCACACAAAAAGGCAGUGGUUGCAACUCCGUACAAAUUUAUGCGGGCAUGCAGACAAGGACUAAAGUGGAACCCCAAACAGGAAAACAGUUGGCUACACUCCCGUGCUGAGAGAUUGAAUGAUUGUAUGCUGCUUUUGAUUUCCUUUAAUACAGGCAACUGUCCAAUUAAAAAGACCUAAGAAGGA